AUGAGAAAGGACACCUACGAGAACAGGUUGUCGGAUACAUUAGAUUCAAAUCAAUUCAGCAAAAGUAAAGGAACAAGUGAUGCGAUUGUUUUGAAGAUUGAAAGAGAAAUCAAUAAGAAGUUGUUGGCUAUGAGGAAAAAAGAUGAAAUAAGUGAGAGUCUCUACACAAGGAUGAGGUCUACUGGGGGGCAGCCCGCCAGGCUUUAUGGGUUGACGAAAGUGCAUAAAGUGAAUACCCCAUUAAGACCGGUCGUCUCCUUGCCUGGUAGCUCUUAUUAUAACUUGAACAAGGUUCUUGCUAAAUUUUUCGAGAAAAUUGAGGGCGCAAAAAUUGAAACCAACUCACUAGAUGCGAGAGAAAUCUUAGAGAGCACUAAUCUUGAGCCCAAUGAAAACUUGAUAUCUCUAGAUGUGAAGAGUUUGUACACAAAAGUUCCACUGAAAGAAGCGAUAGACAUAGCUCUGAGAAAAUUGUAUGAGCAAGUUGAACCACCAUCAAUUGCUAGGAAAACCAUGAAGAGACUGUUGAACAUGGCAGUUAGUCAAAACCAUUUCAUGUGCAAUGAAACAUGA